AUGGAGCCUAUGGGAGCUAUCUCUAGUGAGGGAGAAUGGGGCUCUCUUAGUGGCAUGUAUACUGCUGAGGAGGCUGACUUCAUGGCUCAGCUUCUUAAUAAUAAUGCUUUGUUACCCAAUGAGCUAAUUGGGGAUUCAAGCUUGGGAGUCCCUUCUACUUUUUGGCCUGGCCAUGAAUCAAGUAUGAAUGUUGAAGGGCUCAGUGAAAGUCCUUACUGUACUUUGUAUAUGGCUAAUUCUAAUUUGUGCAGUUUUUCAAAUGGGAGUAGUUACAACGGUACUGGUAGUUUAAGGCAACAAAGCUACUACUUGAGUGAUUCUCAUCCAGUUCUGGCAUCCAAUGACAGCUCCAUGUCCAUGGAUUUUGGCAUGAUGGGAGUGAAAAACACCGGUUCCUUUCUCAUUGAAGGUGAUGACUGCUUGAACCAAGAAAACAGUGAUGGCAAUGCAGAAGAAUAUGCAGGCAAUUAUAAGCCUGCAGCUGUUCUUCCUCAGAAUGGUUCACUGCACAGAAAGGAACCUCAAGAAAUGCCACUACCAGAAUCAAUCCCGGAAGGCAAGUAUAACAACGCACCCGAUAUUAAUUCCAAGAAACGAUCUCGGACAACUGGAGAUUCUGAGAAGAAAAAGAGGACUUCACAAUCAAAGAAGAAUAAGAUCAAGACAAGCGACAAUGGAGAUCAAGAUAAUAAUACUCAUGACCUUAUCGGGCAGAGCUCGAGCAGCUGGUCCUCAGAGGAUGACUGCAAUGUUUCUCAUGAGCUGAAUGGAGGCUUGAGUUCACAUUUGAGCAAGAAAGAUCCCGCUUCUUCAAUAUUGAAUGGAAGAACAAGAGCGAGUAGGGGAUCAGCCACUGAUCCCCAGAGCCUAUAUGCAAGGAAAAGAAGAGAGAGAAUAAAUGAGAGGCUGAGAAUCCUACAGAACCUUGUCCCUAAUGGAACAAAGGUUGAUAUUAGCACAAUGCUCGAGGAAGCCGUCCAAUAUGUGAAAUUCUUACAGCUCCAGAUUAAGCUUUUGAGCUCUGAUGAUCUAUGGAUGUACGCCCCCAUCGCUUACAAUGGAAUGGACAUCGGACUUGAUUUGAAGAUCAGCCCACCCGGAAAAUAG